UGUUUGUUAUUGUUGUUCCAUGUUGCAGAUGAAAGUCCUGAUCUUGAUGGUAUUCCUGUUCACUUUGGCGCUCUGUACCGGACAUAUCAGCGGUGGGCUGACGCUGCAAGACCUGAGGGAUCCUCAGAUUUACUGCGGCAGGAACCUAGCCAUAGCCAUAUCCGAGCUUUGUGUCCUUCAGAAACGUGGUCAAAAGAGGUCCGAGGGAACAUUGUUCGGUACUGGUAUCGCCCCCUACAAGGAGGACUACGGUUGGCCGUGGCUGCUGCCCCAGCAGGCGAGGACCCUGGCGCCCCCUCGCGGCAAGAGGCUCGUCAACGGGAUCGUGGAUGAGUGCUGCAACAAGCCCUGCAGCAUGGAAGAGAUGUUCGAUUACUGUAACUAGGUUAGACACUUGUAUAAAUUAAUUGUUACAGACAGAAAUCAUUUCCACAAGCCCUUGGGUCAUUAUCACAAAUUGUCAGAUUCUUACCUUGUAAUUUCAACCCUAAGUGCGUUUUGACAUUAUCCGAUCCGAUAUCGAAUGUCGGAAGGAUUUCAUUUAAAAAAAUCCAAGAUGGCGCCUGUAAUGUGUGGGAUAUCGGUCCGACAUCCGCUAUCGGAUCGGAUAAUGUGAAAACACACUAAUAAUUAAGGUAUCCGUCCGGUAAAUUGAGGACGCUCUCUCGCGGAAGGCGGUUGAAAGUGGGAAAAGAACGCACGACGCGAUAGGCUGUAAAAUGCGAUAACGCUGAGCCUAAUUCCAGCUCUGGAUCUGGACAAUGGAGGUAUCUUGUUGUCAGUGUAGUCUUUGAAGAAAUUUCACCACGUUUAAUUGUUAUGGUAACUUGGCAAAUUAACUCUCUCCCUACAAAGAGGACGGUUGGCCGUGGCUGCUGCCUCAGCAGGCAAGGACCCUGGUGCCCCAACGUGCGUCAACGGGAUCGUGGAUGAGUGCUGCGAAAAACCCUGCAGCAUGGAGGAGAUGUUCGGUUACUGUAACUAGCUUAGAUUCUUGUGACUUAAAGGUAUCUAAUUAUUGUAAAUUAAAUGUCCCAACAGACAGAAAUUAUUUCCACAAGACGUUAGAAAAUUGUCAUAGGCACCUACUUGGUACUUGAUGAGAUGGCCUAGUGUUAUAUUGGUAUCCGUCCGGUAAACGGAGAAUGCUGGUUCGAUUUCAGCUAUGGACACUGUUAGCAAUUUUCUUUGUGUACGAGUAUGACAUUUAUUUUACAUAAGUGUUCCCGUUUAACUAUUGUGGUACCUAAGUCCGCUUUCACAUUAUCCGAUCCGAUAUCGGAUGUCGGAAGGAUUUCAAUAGUAAAAAUCCAAGAUGGCGCCUGUAAUGUAUGGGAUAUCGGUCCGACAUCCGAUAUCGGAUCGGAUAAUGUGAAAACUCACUAACUGUGUAAAUUAUCGGUCUCCUCCUACUUAUUACAAAGAGGAGUUCGGCUGGCCGUGGCUGUCCCCCUCCGUUGAUGAAAGGCAAGGAGUUUAAUGCCCUAUUUAUUCAUUUAUUGAACAAAUAUUUGGUUUCUGUAUCUAUUUUGGCUACUCUCGCUAAUAGCAAUGUUUAAAGACUUUGUAAACUAAUAAAAUCCACGUUGUUACUAUUUAAAGGGAUCCACUGCCAGACGGUAACAGCCUGUCAGUAAAAAGUUACGGUUUUGUCGAAGAAACUUAAUUUUUUACAGUAUUAUGUAGAGCAUAUAAAUAUAUUCGAAUCGAGCCGUAAAUGUACCCUAAAUACCUAGUAGAUACUAAUUUAAUUAAUAAUGUAACUUAUUAAACACAAUAAAAACAAAAUGCAGUAUUAUGUACAUGAAUAAUGUUGUAUUUGUUAUUCAAACGAUGGUUGAGAUGGUUCCCAGUUUGCAUUUUAAUGUGUAACGUUUAUGUAAAUUGAUCUAAAUUAAUAACUAAGUAGGUAUAGAUACGAUUUUCUAUGUUAAAUAUUAAAUUGAAACAAAAUAUAAUUGUUGUUGAGCU